AUUCAUUUCAUAAUUUUCAUCGCAUUUGUGAUAAUGAGAUUAAUUCGCCUUUCGCCCACACUUUUGACGUCCUUAAACCCUUCCAUCGGAUAGUGUGAUGUGACCCAGAGGUUUUGCAAAAUGUAAAUUGCUGAUCUCUCUCUGGCUCUCUCUCUGCUGUGUUUGGAGGGAAAGGGUCAUUGAUCCCCGAACAAAACGAAGAAGAAGAAGCAGCAGCGGCAUCAGCAUUCAGCAUUCAGCAUUGAUCAUCGAAUGAAACGGCUAUUUGGGGUUUAAUGUUAUUCCUUUUUGCGGGAUUACCAUAUCUUCCAAUUUCAGCAAAACAAGCCACCCUCAGCUGUAUCUCCUCUGAUGCAACAAUUAUCACUUCCUUUCUCACUUUAUAAAGCAAAAGAUUCAUCUGCGUCAAUCACUCCAUUACCAUUCCCUCCCCCUUUUCUUUAGAGGAGGAAAAAAUAAAAUAAAAAAAAACCCAAAAGUUCUGAGUUCUUGCUCUCGGUUCGCAAAAAUGUCGAGAAAAUUACAAAGAUCAGCGUGGAAAGAUGGGCAGAGGAGGAGCCCACGAAUCUGCGCCAUGGAUGCAUGGAAGGCCCAGCGACCGGCGCGUGCGAGUCACAACUCUGUAUCCGCACAAAAUUCCACACGGACACAGGCAAUGGAGGACGACGACUCAGGCAGUGGAGAGGGACCACCAGCACGGACAAGGGCUAGGAAGAAGAUAAAACUGAGAACAGUGGAAGAAGUGGCAAGCAAAGCUAAAAUGGAUAGAGAAAGCCCAAAUCAUGAAGAUCAUCCACUCAAUAGAGGCCACACAACAACUGUGGAAACCAAAGAUUGCCAAGUUGCAUACAAUGGUAGAGCAUCAGAUGUUUUAUCUGAAUCAUGGUUGCCUGAAAAGCGCAUUCUCCAACUUGUCCUUGACAUAUUGCAAAGGAGAGACACAUAUGAGAUAUUUGCAGAACCAGUUGACCCCAAUGAGGUUGAGGAUUACUAUGAAAUCAUUAAAGAGCCCAUGGAUUUUGGCACCAUGAGAGCUAAGCUUCAUGAAGGGAUGUAUAGAAGUCUAGAACAAUUUGAGCAUGAUGUAUUCUUAAUAUCUGGAAAUGCAAUGCAUUUUAAUUCCUCAGCUACAGUCUAUUUCAGGCAGGCUCGUGCCAUUCAUGAGCUAGCUAAGAAGAUAUUUCAUGUUCUGAAAAAUGAACCUGAAAAAUUUGAAUUGGAGUUCUCAACGACAAGACGGAGAUCUGGUAGAAGGCCCCAGGGUGAUGCCAGGGUCUCAAAUUUCAGCUCAUGUUCUAAACUUGCUAGAAAUAUUGACUCCAGUAAUAUAGCUUUCGAUGUUCCAGACAAGGACAUGCCAUGUUCAUUAGGCAGUCCAUUGAAUCUCAAGAGGUUUGUCCAGUCAAACCCGGGGUACUCUGGUGCUGCUGCUCGUGUUGACGUAAGAGAUCGUGAAACUUUUUAUGGCACUAGGGAUGGCAAAAGAUCUAGUUUUAACACAGCAGACCGGCGUUGUACAUAUAUACCAUGGAUGCCUGUUAAUGAGGACAAUUCAAUGUCCUCUGUUUAUAAUAGCCCCAAAACACUUACACAAGUGGAUCAGAAGGACAUUAGUUACAGAGAAAGCUUAAUGCUGUUUGCUAAAGAUUUAGGACCAACAGCCCAGAAGAUUGCCAAACGAAAGUUACAGGGGUGGCAUGCAGGCUAUUAUGAGAAUCAGACUGCAACUUCGAACUUUUGGUUUCAGGCUCCAAAAUGUCAACUUCCUAUAGCUUCUGACGCCACACAAUUGAGACCUAGUAUUCUGAAUACUGUUACUCUUACUCCAAGAUCUUGCAAUUCUAUUGAGCACCUUCCUGGGCAUGCUACUGUCCUUGAAAACAACAGCAACAGAAUUGAUACGGGUGAUGCUGACAAAGGAGCAAAGGCUUAUCAUACUAAUAAACCAGUCCUUUUUGGUGCUUCAAUUGGAGAAAUGAUUGACAAUACCACCAGGAAUCACCAUCAUGCCUUUGCUGAUAAUGAACAAACUAGUGAUGUGGUGGAUGUUUUUGGUCAAUUCAGAGAACAGACGGUCUGUGAGAGCCGAAAAACUCAGAUUCAGUUUGGUUCAUCUUCAUCAACUCCUAGUGCUGGAAAGGAUGCUUCAGUGCAGUGGAUAGGAAGCACUAGAAAUGCACAAACAAUGUUGAACACAGGCAAGUUGGAUCAUCAUGUGCAGCCAUCAGCCUCAGCUUCAGAGCACCCUGCGUCAAAUACACACAUAGCAAGGAAAAACAAUCAGAGUCCUGCACCCAAUUCAUGUCGUGUACAAACCACAGAGCUUUUGAGCCCCAGUGGGCCCCGUACCUCCACACAGAACCUGGAUUCACAAUUCCCAUGUCGAAAGAAUCAAGACAUAGCUGCACUGGGCUGUGAGGACGGAGGCAGUAGCUUGCCCGAGGCAUGCCAGGCUUCAAAAUCAGUGCCACCCAUUCCAGUGCUGCCUCAGUUCAUUUUCAACCUGCCAUACUUGGAGUCACGUCUUAAUCAGAUGAAUUCCUUAGAACAGGAUAAAAUGCUGCAACCUUCAGGGAAACAAAAUUCAGGCACUGAGUCAAGAUUCUUUGAUGAAAUGAGUCAACAACUGGCUUUUGCACGUGCCCGCCGAACUGAGGCAACCACUCAGGCUUUCCUCCAUAGUCAACAGCAAUCCACCUUAGGGGCUCAGCAUGCCAAUUUAGCACUUCAGCUGUAACAAAUUUAUUCUGGGCUCAAAAAUUAUUAUUGAACAAAAAAGAAAGUUGUUGUUUAUAUUCCAUUUUCACUUUUAAGAUUUCUAGUGCAUAGUUUUCCUGUUUGCUUCGAACUGGGAAAAGUGGGGAAGGUGCACCAAUGCAUUCCAUUCUCCUUCCUGUAGUGUUUUUUUCCUUUUCUGCCUUCAUUGUAUUAGCACAUACAGUAGUUAGUAUUUGCCACAUACAUGCCUUGCAUGGUUUGCUUGUUACCAAUCCUUAUAUAUUUCCCUUAUAAACAUUAGGUUGAAGGAA